GUUGGAUCCUACUGACUUGAUACUCUCUCCCUCCCAUUCCAUACUACUUACUGCCCAUACUACUUACUACCUCACUUACUGUGCUCCUACUAAGAGACUCACUGCUUCCUGCCACCACAUUCCGCAGUCAUGUCUGAACCACUCACCAAGAUUGAUUCGGCCAUCGAGAUAUCCCCCAAGGACGAGAAGGCCCCCGACAAAGAUGCCAAGAAAACCCACAGACGUACCUCUUCCCAUGCUGAGGGUGUCUACAACAUCAAGGAACUUGCAAUUGAAACCCAGAAGACUGGAUGGAAAUUGAACACCUCACCAUCGACCAUUGAGGACAAGGAUAUCCUAAAACUUCAUCUGAUCAACCCCCCGGUCAAGAAGAUUGAUCUGCACUUCCCACUAGGGCUCGAAGUCACCGCUCGCAAUAUGAAGGGCGUCACGAUAAAGGAUGCGCUGGACGCAAUCUACAAGCAGUUUAAGAAGAAGGCCGACGAUGAGUUGGACAAGCCUUACCUCGCUGGUUUCGAGUGGGACAAGGACGAGUGCUGGACACGCCUCAUUGUUCACCAGACCAAGCAGGGCCCCCCUCAACAGCCCAGCAAGAAGUCCAAGAAGAAGAAGGCUGAAGAGGCAUAGACUGCGGUUGCUUCGGACAGGCCGUGUCCAUCUAACAAUGUCUUCUCUCUUCUCUCUCUUUCAAUGGCUACUUCCACCAUAC